ACAAUCAAAACAGACGCGAAUUGUUAAAAUUUAGUCAAUUUUCGUAAUUUUUCCUUAAAUUUUCUACUUUUAAAUAUUUAAAAUUACCAAAAUUAAUUCAAAAUGAAUGCGCCGCCAACGUUCGAGUCAUUUUUGUUGUACGAAGGAGAGAAAAAAAUCAUCAAGGAACUUGACACAAAAGUCCCAAAUGCCGCAAUUUUCACCGUAAACAAGGAAGAUCACACUUUGGGCAACAUGAUCCGUAAUCAGCUCCUGAAAGAUCCGCAUGUCUUGUUCGCCGGAUACAAAGUUCCGCAUCCGUUGGAGCACAAAUUCGUCAUUCGGAUACAAACGACGUCGGAUCACACGCCGCAAGAGGCUUUCAUGAACGCCAUCACGGAUUUGAUGUCGGAAUUGUCGCUGUUCGAGGAACGUUUCAAAGAAGCCGUCAAAGACGAGAAUUUCUCAACAAAAGAAUAA